GCGCCCUCUCCUUCUCUUCGUUUCGACCAAACCGCCGUCAGAGAGAUCGCUCGCUCGCUGUCGGCGGCGGCGGCGGCCACUCUCCGCUCCUCUCCCUUCGUCCCGAGAGGCUCAGGAAUUCUUGGUUGAUUUAACAUGGACAGGGCUAGGAAUUUCAUGCCUGGCCCUAAUCAGGAGCUUCUGGAUGCCAAGCCAUUAAGAUCUUUAGCUCCAAUGUUCCCUGCACCCAUGGGAGUCAACAUUAACCAGUCAAGCACCCCACCGUUGGUCGUUGUGACUCCGGUUGGCCAGUUUCCUACAGGAUUUGGUGCUGGGAGCCUUCCUGCCGUUGGAUCACUCGCCACCUUCAGUGCUACUGCGAAUGCUUUUUCGCCUGCAGGCACAAGUGCUAAUGUGCCCAUUGAUGUUACCCCUGUCUCAGCAUACAAGACGAGAUCAUCUGGGGUUACACCACGUAAUGAUGACGGCGAACCUUAUUCGGUUAGUCAGACUUCGGCAUCUGAACGUCAGGCUAAGAGGUCAGCUGGUUUGGCUGCUGAGGGCUCAAAUGGAGUUAAGGUCAAGCGCCCUCAGCCUAUCUACAGGAAUCAUGUUUCUGGCAAGCUGCUUGCUUUUCUGCCCACUUCAGAUAGUACUCCCAGGGAGGCUGUGGAAGCAGUUCAUAUGACCUUUGAGGCACUCAGGCGUAGACAUCUUCAGAUGGAUGAAACGCUAGAUGCUAGCAGACGUGCAGACCUGAAAGCUGGCGCUAUCAUGCUGGCCAGUGAUAUCAGGGCCAAUGUGGGAAAGAGGGUAGGGACUGUUCCUGGUGUUGAAAUAGGCGAUAUUUUCUAUUUCAGGAUGGAGCUAUGCAUCAUCGGGUUGCACGCGCCUAGCAUGAGUGGCAUUGAUUACAUGAGUGCUAACUUUGGAAAUGGCGAGGAUUCUGUAGCAAUAUGUAUUGUCGCGGCAGGUGGUUAUGAGAAUGAUGAUGAUGACACAGACACGCUGGUGUACAGUGGUUCAGGGGGUAACAGUAGGAAUACCGAGGAGAGGCAUGACCAGAAGCUUGAGAGGGGCAACCUUGCUCUCGAGAGGAGUUUGCACAGGAAGAAUGAGAUAAGGGUCGUGCGGGGAUUCAGAGAUCCAGCUACGAUAACUGGCAAAAUCUACAUAUACGAUGGCCUCUAUAAAAUCCAAGAGUCCUGGAAGGAGAGAACAAAGUUUGGCAUCAACUGCUUCAAGUACAGGCUGCAGCGUGAACCUGGACAGCGUGAUGGAGCUGCGAUAUGGAAGAGGACGCAGCGAUGGAUACAAAAUGCAUCAACAAGAGGCAGGGUUAUACAACAUGACCUAUCAUCUGGGGCUGAAACGUUCCCAGUUUGUGUCGUCAAUGAGAUAGACCAUGAGAAAGGACCUGGGCAUUUUACCUAUACUACUGAGGUCAAAUACCCGAGACCCCUCAGCCCCAUGAAAGCCUUGCAGGGUUGCGGUUGCCAGAGUGUUUGCCUACCCGGUGAUGCAAACUGUGCUUGUGGGCAACAUAAUGGAGGUGAUCUACCGUACAGCUCAGCAGGAGUGUUGGUGUGCCGCAAGCCAGUAAUAUAUGAAUGUGGUGAAGCUUGCCAUUGCAGCCUGAAUUGUCGGAACAGAGUGUGCCAAAAGGGGAUCAGGUACCACUUUGAGGUCUUCAGGACCACAAAUCGAGGCUGGGGUCUUCGCUGUUGGGAUCCUAUUCGUGCUGGUGCAUUUAUUUGCGAGUAUGCUGGGGAGGUUAUUGAUGAGCUUCAAGUUAAUUUGGAUGAUAGUGAAGAUGAUUACAUUUUUCAGACCAUGUGUCCUGGUGAGAAGACGCUAAAAUGGAACUCUGGGCCUGAAUUGAUAGGCAAGGAAAGCACAUAUGUAUCACCUGAUGAAUUUCAGCCGCUGCCCAUCAAGAUAAGUGCAAAACAGAUUGGAAAUGUCUCGCGUUUCAUGAACCACAGUUGCUCCCCAAAUGCCUUCUGGCAACCAGUGCAAUACGACCAUGGAGAUGACAAGCACCCACGUAUAAUAUUCUUUGCACUUAAUCACAUCCCUCCCAUGACGGAGUUAACUUAUGACUAUGGUGUGGUUGGAGCCGGGACCAGUCGGAGCAAGACCUGCCUGUGUGGAUCAUUAACCUGUCGCGGGUUAUUUUGAUUCACAUUAGGGCUCAUGUAUAUUGUGGUGGAUCAACAUGCAGGCCAAUAUGCUAGAUGUUUGUGCUGCUACCGAUUCUACCAAUGUUAGAUUGGCUCCUGGGAAGAUGAUUAAUAAUCGGUCGUUCGGAACCGCGAAGACAGUAAGCUAUCUUCGAGCUGUAGAAUGCCCAUGUCGUGUCAAUGCCGCACUUGGCCUCUGUUCUGCCGGAUGGUGGCUUUGUGCCCACCAUUUGUUCGGAUACUUGGUGGAUGCGUGUGUGGAUGCAUGUCCUGCUGCUAAUCUGUCUUCCCUUCUCCUUGCCAUCCGUUCCUGUGUAGGCUAGCGUCAGUUCUUAACUGGACCCCUGGCUGUUAGCUGCGACUUGUCAAGACCCGGUGCUGUAAAAACAUGUGGCUUAGCCUCGUCUCGCGUUCGGCUCAGAUUUUUACCUGUGUCCUGUUCCGUUCACCGUCCC